AUGGGUGCUCUUUUGGGCGCCUUCUUUGUUGUCCGUUUUGACCUGAGUGACAGGGAAUCAGCUACAAAGGCCUAUUGUGAGCUGAUCAAGUCCAUCUACAUCCGCCGAAAAAGAAGACCAGCUUUGAAGACAUCCUUCGAUCAUUUUCGUACGCAUUAUGAGGAUAGGUUCUGGACAAAGCGCGCUCUGGAAGUCCGUACUGAGCUUGUUGCCAAUCGUUCAGGACUGAUUGUACAUGAGGUUGGGGAGGUACAGUCCAAGGUCGCCUUCAACAAGUUUGUAAGAGCUCACAGUGACCUAGAAAAUGAGCCGCCUGACGAAGAGGAGGAAUCGCCCAAGCUAAAGAAGGCAAGAUCGGUAUGCGAAGUCACUGGCUGGAGUACUGCAGGAGAAAUGAAGUCCAAGAUCAGGAUCGCCAACAUCGGGACGAUGACGAAGAGAGUGUCGGACAAGGGUCUGUGGAAGAAGAAGGAACCAGAUUGCCGGCGAACGUUGACGUCGGAAACUGAGACAGGCACGAGUAAACGCCAUCACACCAGGCCUGCCGUACUCCACCUGGAUGUGAAUGGGCUCAUCAGGAUACCUUAUGAAGUUGACGGUGUUGAUGUCAGAGACGGGUCGGUCGACAGCAUACGGGAUAGGAGUGACGACGUACCGGACAUUCCAGCUGCUACAAUUCAGCACGUCAAGAACCACUUGAUGCAGGAUAUUUUUGAGUUUGGGGAUGACAAAUCGCUGUUGCUUUGCGCGCUAGAGCAAGAGCUGGCCCGGGGUUCCUUGUGUCACCACCAAUACUCGGACCAAACAGAUGCUCUGCUCUGCCAUAUUUUCCAAGUUCUGUAA